GUUGAAUCAAUGAAUGAAUUGUUCAAACUGGAGAGGCAAUGUGUUGCUCUCCUUUCUCUUCUGCAAUUGGCAUUCCCGCAUGAAUCUUUAGAGCAGUUCGCCUGCGGCCUGCCCCAGAAAACACAGGUGCCUCUCUUGAAAGUUUUCAUCUGAUCCAUCGCACAUUUAGAGAGGCAGCUAUGGACGACCCGUCGCAGCCCGCGUCUCCAGAGGGAAAGGAGAGGCGGGUGGUGGCUGGGUUUGCCAAGAUCAGGGGCAUGGGCUGGGAGUUUUUCAUGCAGAAGUACGAGAUUGUGAUCGGGAGGAACAGCAAAAACACGGCGGUGGACAUCGAUCUGGCGAAGGACGGUGGUGGCAUGAAUGUCAGCCGGAGGCAUGCGAGGAUCUACUACAACUUCGACAAGAAGAGAUUUGAGAUUGAGAUUCUUGGCAAGAACGGGGCGUAUGUGGACGGCCAGCUUCGAGUUCCCAGCGAUGGCCCCAUUCCCCUGAACUCCCAAAGCUUGGUCGUGGUGGGGGACUUUCCGUUCUACUUCUUGCUUCCAACCAAGAAGGUCGAGAAAAGGCGUGCUCCAGUACACAAUGGGGACCAAAACAGGCCUCUGCACGAAGGAGCCGACGAGUCCGAAGACGCAAACGGCGCUGCCGACUUUGAAGCGGAAAACGAGGGCUUUGACCCUGGGUUCGAUGCGAAGCAGGCGGUUCAGGACGAAAAGCCGAAGCGGGGAAAGCGCAAGUCGCACCACGAGGAGAACGAGAGGGGAGGCGAGAUCGGAUAUGAAGGGGCGGGGCCAUCGCCUAUGGAAAUCGAGGGCCUUGGGACCGAAGGAAGUGGUAAGAAGAGGAAAGCAGGCUUGCAGAGGACUAAGCACGAAUCUGGGGAACAAGCGCAGGUGGCUUGGGAGCAACCGCGCAAUGGAGCGAAUUCCAUGCCUCACGAAGAAGAAAAGUUCGACAGAGCGGCACGGAGUGGGAAGCAGGAAACGCAGGAGGAGAAGCCGAGAGCUCGGAAGGGGGCCGAUGCGACGGCGCCCAAAGGGGGGAUCUACGUGAGAAGACUGGAACCUGCGGAAGAGAAGACAGACGAGGUCGUGCUUUUGUCCGAGCAGGCUGCGAGCAAACGGAAGCAUGACGCUGAGGACGGUCCGGGGGUGCCGAGCGGCAGCCAAAAGAAAGCUUCCAAGAAGAAAGUGGACCCCCCUGCCGAAAGCAGAGCCGCCCGAGAGGGAUCCCCCGGGCCCUCUUUCCAGGGGAGAAGCUUGCGUGUGGCGUCUCCCCCGAGGCGAAAGUGGCCGGCGGACGGAGAUGCCAAGCCGGGGAAGGUCGCGCCGACGUCACCAACUAGAGCGGCGGCAAAACGAGCGGCGGCGGAGUCGACGGAAGGGAGUGCUCGGAAAGAAAGAGGGAAGAGUGGGCCUGAGGAGACGGGGGCGGGGAAUCGCCAGGCGGCAGAGCGGGAAGUGGUGGAGGCAAUUGCGGAGAUUCUGGGGGCGCAGGACGACCCGGCAGCAGCCGUGCCUCUGAACAAGCUGUUCAUGCAGUUCUCGGAGCGUCAUCGCCAGCUGUAUGAGUGGACAGUGGGUUUCCUCUUAGGCGCCACAGAAGAAGACACUUCCGAGCAGGUGCAUCGGCCGUGGCUGGCCUUGGCGAGUUUCUUGAAGCGACAUCCUCAGCAGUUCGUGGUUGAGUCACAAGCGAAAGGCCGGCUUGUGUCCUGGUAUGCUAGAUUGAGGCAGCCUGAAUCGUGAGCCGUCAAAUGUUUUCGCUCGGAUUAAACUUACUAAACCGCCUCAACAGAUGCAAGAAAGCGUUCUCAAGACAGCUAGUAGCUCUCGUCCAAUUCUUCACUUCAGCGGUCAACAAAAGGAAGUGUUGGUGCUUUGCUAAGUUUGAAGUUUUGAUGUAGUUCCUCGAUAAUGCCGGCAGCUCUUCAUCGCCGCAAUCUUAUCACCGGCGCAAUAUUUUCACAUAUAUGAAGGGGCUCUCA